UAAAUCUAUUUUGUAUUUGUUUAUGUCCUCAUCAUCACACUCAGCACCGUGCAAGAAACAAAUGGAGUUUUAAAUGGAGAGACUCAAAAAAUGAUAAGUGAGGCUAACAAGAAUGGCCCUUAUCUAGGGUUGGUUAUUCCAAACCUAUUUGAGAUGAACCCUCUUCUUCAAUCUCUAAGCUUCACAUCUUCCAACCUUACCAUAGAUUUUCAAGGAAGGAGAUUUUGAUUCGGAAAAAUUGAUGAAAAGGAUGUCGUAUUGGUCAUGACUGGACUUGGCAUGAUAAAUGCAGGGAUAACAACACAGCUAUUGGUGAGUUUAUUUGAAGUGGAAGGAAUAGUGCAUUAUGGAAUAGCAGGGAAUGCAAACCCAAGUCUGAAUAUAGGGGAUGUUACCAUUCUUCAGUAUUGGUCCCAUACUGCUCUUUGGAAUUGGCAGAGGUAUGGAGAUGGGCCUGAAGAUGAACUAUCACUGGAAGAGAAUGGAGACUACACAAGAGAAAUUGGAUACAUAAAGUAUGCAAAUUAUGCAACAAUUGUAACAGAAUGCAACUUACAUGACAACUUCCUCAACAAUGUUUGGUACCAACCAGAGGAAGUUUUCCCCAUUGAUGGAACUCCUGAGGAAAGGCAACAUGCCUUUUGGGUCCCAGUUGAUUCCCAUUACUUUGAAUUAUCCAAAAACCUUGAGAGUUUGGAACUAGAGGGCUGCCUAAACUCAACAACAUGUUUGUCUGAGACACCAAAGGUGACAAGAGUCCUAAGAGGAACUAGUGCAAGCAUAUACCUAGACAAUGCAGCUUAUAGAAACUUCUUAUAUAGAAAAUUCAAUAUGAGCCCAGUUGACAUGGAGAGUGCAGCUGUGGCACUCAUUUGUCUUCAACAAAGAAUACCUUUCAUCACCAUCAGGGCUCUCUCCGACUUGGCCGGUGGCGGUUCUGCCCAGUCCAAUGAGGCUGCUACUUUCAUUUCUCUUGCUGCUAACAACUCUGUCACAGUUGUUGUGGAAUUCAUCAAGAACUUGUCAGCCAAUUACAUAAUUUCAAGUGCUUAGAUGAUCAAUCAGAGAGUUUGAUUCUAAGUAGAUUGUCUUGCUG